AUGGCAUCGGUUGCAUCCACCGCCUACGCACUUGGCUCGCUCUACCCACCCCAGAUAGCGACGUUCAUCACCCCGCGCAUCGCGCCACCGCCGCCAGACCCAGACCACCCGUCCGCGAUCGCGUACACCGAGGAGCUCGAGAGCCGGCUGCAGAAGCUGCCGGUGCUGAACGAGCUGCGCACACGGUCGGACGCACACGAGUGGUACGAGACGCGGCCGUACAUGUCGGUUCCGAAGGAGCAGCUCGCGAACAGCCUCACGGGCGGGACCCUGCGCGGGCCUGCAAAGCUGGCGCUGCCGCCUGUCGUGCGCGCGCGCAAGGACGAGAGUGAGGCGGUCGUGAUCAUGCACGUCGGCACGGGGCUGUGCGGACACGAGGGCAUCGUGCACGGCGGCCUGCUUGCUACGCUACUGGACGAGUCGCUCGGGCGCAUAGCUCUGCUCAAUCUGCCGGACAAGAUCGGUGUCACUGCAUACCUCAACGUUAAUUACCGUGCACCGACACGCGCGGAUCAGUUCAUCAUUAUCAAGACCAAACUCGAUGAGCUGAACGGCCGCAAGGUGAAGGUAUCAGGCGUGAUAGAGGAUGUCGACGGCAAGGUCCUUGCAGAGGCCAAUGCUCUGUUCAUCCAACCCAAGUACGCCAAACUUCUGAAUGCAAAGAAGCUGCAUGCACGCAUGGGCACUCCCGCAGACCCCAAUGAACCCCCGACCGAAGGUUCACUCACGCCGUCGCCUGCGAUACCGCCUGUCAAGGCGUUGUAG